GGGGUGGGGUGGGUGGGGGGUGUGUGGAAAACCAGGGCCUCCCUCGUCAGAGGCUCCGCUCCCGACUGGAGACACCGACGGAAGGCUUUCUGGGAAUGUUUCGGUGCGGCAGGACUCGUGCGGUCGGGGAGACGGGAGCUGAGCCGCUCGGGACCCCGCAGUGAGGACGCCGGUGAGAGAGAUGAUGGAGUGUUCACCGCCUCAACAAACCGGGGCACAGCGCAGCGUCUCCAGGAGACGUCAGGCCUGGGCUCGGAGCCGCGGUCAAUGGCAGUCGCUGAAGGAGAAAGUCCUGACUGAAGGAAGUUCGGAGGACAAGAUAACAAGUUGGCUACAGGAUUGCGGGGCUCCACCGGAGAGCAUCCUGGACAACAGCAGCCCCCCCAGGGACCAAGACGCUGCCGGAGUGAGAGGUGACAGCAGUUUUGAGGAUGAUCUUAGUUUGGGAGCUGAAGCGAUGUUGCUCCCAAACCCCAAGAUUGCUGUCAGGUCACAGGCUGUCAAUCACAAAGGACGUUUGGAAAGUUUCAGAGAUUCGACGAUCUCCAGUUCCAUAAGCUCCUCGCAGCACCUGUUCCACAUGGGCAGCAGCAAAACCUCCUCCAGGGGCACCAUGGAAACCGUCUCCAGUAUCUCGGAAGUACUAGACCUGUUCCGGGAAGAUCCAGAGGAAAUCCUCUACAAUCUGGGCUUCGGGAGAGAGGAGCCCAAUGUCACGGCCAAGAUCCCAUCCCGGUUCUUCAGCUUCCAGUCCCGAGCAAACGGCAUGAACUUCCGGGUCUUUCUGGAAGCGCAAAGCAAGCGACUCGGAGAAGAGAGUCCGAGUUACACCCUCGCCAGUCGUUUCCGCCAGAUCGAGGCCCUGACCACCAUGGCCAACGCCUUGACCUCCCUGUACUCCCACGUCUCCAAGACCCCCUGCCCCAAAAUCGUCUCGCCUCAUGAGUUCCCCUUCAACUUCGACCUGCCCCUCGGGACAGUGGUGGUGGGGGGGGGGCACCACCACCACAACAACAACAGCGGCGGGGGCAGCAACCCCCGGCCGGAGCAGAGGUCGCCCUCGGGCAAAGCGGUGCAGAAGCUGCGGAAGACGGUGACCAAGCUCUGCCUGUACAGCGCCUCCCGGGACACGGAAUCCCCCAGGUGCCCCUUGGCCGAGUGUCCGCGCAGGGACCUGCGGGAGCCGGUGGGGGACGGAGCCAGGACAGACUCGGAACGAGCUCCGGGGGAAUCCUCGCUCGUCUGCCGGGAUGAGGCCGGGCCGACCGGGACUCCCGGGGGCCGGGACUCGCUCGAGGAAGACAGGAAGAGGUCUUCCCUGAGGAAAGAGCUGUGGAGGUCGGAAACCCGGAGAUCCCGUCUCUACGGGUUCAGCACCGAGUCCGAAGAGUCCAUCGAAAACGACUUGCACCACUCGGUUUUCGAUCACGCCUACUAUUCGCCCCCUUUCUGCCCCCCACCGGUAAACCGGCCCCUGAACCCGGAAAGGCUCGGGGGCUCCCGGGAAACUCCCUGCCUUCCCGCCCGGCCGAAAAUUCCCGGCGGGGCCACAGCUCGGGAGCUCGCGGCCGGAGACCAGGAGGGUGGCGGUGGCCCCGGACCGGGGGUCAAGGUGCGUCCGCCAAUUCCCGCUCGGACCACGGGCCCGUGGGCGUCGGGGGUUCUUGACGGACUGUGUGGUGGGAGCCCGGACGGCGCUCCCCCUCGUUCGCUCGCGUCUGCUCCUCAAAGGCAACGUCGUCUUAACCGUUCUCUCAAGAGCCUCUUCCGGGCUGAAGAGGACUCGUUUGACCUGGAGGAGUUACAGAGCAGUGAAGGGGAGCGACGGAGUCUGGUACCAAACCCCCCCAUAUCCUCAACACCAGCCUCUGCUGUAAGGACACAGAAAGGUCUGGGCUGCCGUGCGGAGAGCGUUCAGUCUGACAGCAGUGGCUUCGUUGAGGACGCGUGUGAUCCUGUUAAUCAAAUGCAGACCCCACAGCCUCACAGCCACACGCGCUCGGCGUCCAACUGAAGGGGGCUCCGCGAGGGAUCCAUGACGGAGUCACGGGGGUGUGGGGGGGGGUGGGGGGGGUUCCGACCGGCAGCCACACACUACACCAAACCGCUGGCCUUGGACACGGCGCCUGAUCCCGCCUUCGAGAUGUCUCCGAGCGACUCGACCGAGUGUGUGUUUCGUGCCAAUCGUACCCCGCAAACAGCCGUGGGUUUGAGUGACUAAGUUAUUGUUAUUAUUAUUAUUAUUAUUUUUGCUCAUGGAGGGGUUAUCGCUCCCCCCGGAAAGCCAUCCGCCAACCGACUAACGAGCGGGUUCCUACUUACUG